GUUAUCACUCUUCCCACGCGUACUCACACGAACCCUACCCGCCGCCUCUCCUUUCCUUUCCCGAUCUUUUUUCCCUCUCACGACGUCGCCGGCCUCCUUCCGCCGGCAGUCUCUCCCUCACUAUCGCUAUCUAUUUCUCUCUCGUUUCACUCUCUCGCUCUGCUCUGCGUGUGCCCGGCGUGCGGUUGUCUCCGUCGUCGCCUGAGCACCCACUACCGCCGGAGCCGAGAGAGGCCGCUUCAGGCCAUCUCUUCCCUCCCUUUCCUUCCUAUUUGUCUACUUCUCCCUCUCCCUGUGCACCCCUGGCCGCCGGGAGCCUAGAGGGACCGAGCCCGGACCACCAUCUGGUGCUUCUCAGAGCCAGGGCACAGCCAGGAGCUAGGGCAAGCAGUCGGCCUCUCCUUGUUGUCUCUCUUAGCCACCGUCUGGUCCAUGUGCCCUUGCAUGAAGCCACCGCUCUUGUUGCUUUGCAUCCAACAUAUCACCGCGAUGAACAGAUCUUGCCUUGCGCGUUGGUCAAAUUAAAGGUAAAAUUUUAUAGCACGAAUCAAAUUACAAAAAACAGUCUUUAGGAGUUCCUCAUGUUUGAUGAAGUAUCAAAUCAGAGAAAGCAUACACCCAAGGACUGGUACACAAGAAUUUUCAUACACUUGAAGAUCCUUUCAAUAUCUAAUUGCCCCUCACCAAAGAAACUUCUAUUUCGAUCCUUCCAUACAAAAUAAAUCAUAGAUGACAAUGCAAGAUGGCGAACCUUCAUCAACAUUCGGCUCAUAAUGUCUUCCAAAGACUCAACGUCCGUUGGUGAUACCUGCUUGAAGUUCAAAUGGAAACUAUCCAAUUUUAAAAAUUCCAGCAUGCACAUGUCAGAUGCAACCAAAGAUUCUAGUGUCACAAAUGUGUCAUUUAUAGGAUCUAACCAAAGAUUGCCUCACAAGCUCGGUCGGCAACAACUGUCAGAUGCAUCAAAAAGCACUCCAGAAUCUUUAUAUUUACAUUCACAGCUGCAUGACACAGAAGAAGAAUCUGUAUGUCGGAGUCAGGAGUCUCAGUCAAUGUUGCUAAGGCCUCAUCAAACAUAUGAUCCAAUUGGGCAGCCUCAAUUGUUGCAUAAGGGUAGAUAUCUAAAACGACGGCACAUAUUAGUACAAAAAUGUGAUUUUGAGCCCUUGCAUUUGCAAAGCAAUACCAAAGUUUCACAUUCAAUUAAUUGCAAUAAUUUGUCAGAGCAAAUGCCGGGUGGGCCUUUGAUAGCCCAUGAUAUGAUUAAGCAGGAGCUACCUCUGGGAAUGAAAGAAUACAUUUCAUCAAAUAGUUCUGUUCUUACAGAUGUUUUAUUUGGUGAUCAUUCCAUGUUCCCAAGAAAACCAGCACAAUAUCAAGCAAUUCAGAAUCUUCUAUUCCUGUAUGAACAUGCUAGGAACUGCCAAAAUCAAGAAAAUCAUUGCAAUUUCUUCCAAUGCAGGAAUUUGAAAAGUGCUCUUGCUCACAUUUUACAUUGUAAAGAUGCUAAUUGUGCCAAGGGUUGCUACAAGUACAAGAACCUCUUUGAUCAUUAUGCAGAGUGCUCUAAUAAUUUUUGUAGUAUUUGUGGUCCUGUGAGAGCAAGAAUAGAAGAAGUUUCUCAAAGGAAUAUUAGCAAUGGUUUCGCAGAUUUUAAGACUCCUCUAGCUACUGUUGCAAGCAUGGAUCAAGAGGAAUCUGCCUGCAAACGUGCCAAAACUACAAGUCAUUUUGGUCAAAACCAAAUUUUUGGGGUCAAUGUAGAAUCAACAAAACCAAACCAUCAUUUUGGAGGAGAGCUGCAAGCAGACCAACUGGUGAGACUGCCUUUAGACACAAAUACUGGGAAUCAGAAACUAAUAAAAACUUGCACACUUGGAGAUGCAAAUACUACUAGUGCAAAACUAGUGGAAAGUCAAAAUACGGACUCCAUCCUUGGAAAUUCUGGAGAAACCUAUGGUUCUACUGAGGACGCCCAAAUUGAGAUCAAAGAAAAUCCUAGCGUGGAACCUGAUGAGUUAGCAAAUGUGGCUAUAUGCUCUGAGCCAGCAAAUGAAAUUCAGCUUGGGUUUCCUAUGGUUGAAAUCAGUGAUGGUAAUGCCGAAUCAUCUGCAUCUGCUAAUGUGGUUGAGACAAGGAUUGGAACCCCACUUAGUGUGGAUAAUGAUGAGUUAGCAAAUGUAGCUAUAUGCUCUCAACAAACAAAUGUAGUUCAACUUGGGUUUCCUAUGGAUGAAAUCAGUGAUGCUGGUAAUGUGAAUCUAUCUCCUUCUGCUAAUAUGGCUAAGACAAAGACAGGAUCGCCAAAACGAGUGACUUCUAAUCUUGAUACAUCCACUUCGGAAAUGCAUAGGGUUCACAUAGGCAGUUUCGAGCAACAUGUGGACCAGCAUAGAAGGAACAUGCUUUUCUCCUCCCUGAUGUCCAAUCCGCAUGUGGGGAGGCUAGAAAAACCCCAAGAGGUGAAAACAGCCUCACCAACUUCAAGCACCAAUGAAGAGAAAGUAUUAUGCGACAUGUUGCCUGGUAUCUCGUUCAGUAAUAAUACAUUUAAGAGCCCUGUGAUUGGUGAUCUAUGUUCUGCUUCCCAAAGAUAUAUACCUAAUGAGCACCAUCGUGUAGUUGCCCAUGCAUCACUUAGUUCUGGUGGAAACCUUGCGCCUUUGUCUGAAGAAACUCUGAGUAAACACCAUUUUGGUUGCCAAAUGUCAGCAGAACAAUAUUCUGAUAGUCAAAAUGAUCAGUUUUCAAAUGAAAAUAGGAGUAAAUGGAUGCCUUGCAUGUCUCAAAUACCUUUCUACGGCAAUGGUGACACCAGUUUGAGUUUCAAAUGGAAGCUAUCCAAUUUUAAAAAUUCCAGCAUGUAUGCGUCAGAUGCAACCAAAGAUUCUAGUAUCUCAAAUAGGUCAUCUGUAGGGUUUAACCAAAAAUUGUCUCACAAGCUCAGUCAGCAACAACUGUCAGAUGCAUCAAAAAAGACUCCACAGUCUUUAUAUUUACAUGCACAGCUGCAUGACUUGGAAGAAGAGUCUGUAUGUAGGAGUCACGAGUCUAAGCCAAUGUUGCUAAGCCCUCAUCAAGCAUAUGAUCCAAUUGGCCAGCCUGAUUUUGAGCCCUUGCAUUCGCAAAGCACUGUCAAAGUUUCACAUUCAAUUAAUUAUAAUAAUUUGUCAGAGCAAAUGCCAGGUGGGCCUUUGGUAAUCCAUGAUAUGAAUAAGCAGGAACUAGCUCUGGGAUCGAAAGAAUGCGUUUCAACAAAUAGUUCUAAUCUUACAGAUGUUUUAUUUGGCGAUCAUUCCAUGUUCCCAAGAAGACCAGCACAAUAUCAAGCAAUUCAGAAUCUUCUAUUCCUGUAUGAACAUGCUAGGAACUGCCAGAAUCAAGAAAAUGAUUGCAACUUCUUCCAGUGCAGCAAUUUGAAAAGUGCUUUUGCUCACAUUUUAUAUUGUAAAGAUGCUAAUUGUACCAAGCGUUGCAAUAAGUACAAGAGCCUAUUUGAUCAUUAUGCAGAGUGCUCUAAUAUUUUUUGUAGCAUUUGUGGUCCUGUGAGAGCAAGAAUGAAAGAAGUUUCUCAAAGGAAUAUUAGCAAUGGCUUUACAGAAUCUAAGACUUCUCUAGGUACUGUUGUAAGCAUGGAUAAAGAGGAAUCUGUCUUCCAACGUGGCAAAACUACAAAUCAUUUUGGUCAAAAUGAAACUUUUGAGGCCGGAGUAGAAUCAACAAAACCAAACCAUCAUUUUGGAGGAGAGCUGCAAGCAGGCCAACUGGUGAGACUGCCUUUAGAUACAAAUACUGGGAAUCAGAAUCUAAUAGAAACUUGCACACUUGGAGAUGCAAAUACUAGUAGUGCUAAACUAGCGGAAAGUCAAAAUACGGACUCCAUCCUCAGAAAUUCUGGGGAAACAUAUGUUGCUACUGAGGACACACAAAUUGAGAUCAAAGAAAAUCUUACCGUGGAACCUGAUGAGUUAGCAAAUGUAGCUAUGUGCUCUGAGCCAGCAAAUGAAAUUCAACUUGGGUUUCCUAUGGUUCAAACCAAAGAUGUUGGUAAUAUCGAAUUUUCUGCAGAUGCUAAUAUGAUUGAGACUAAAAUUGGAGACCCACUUAGUGUGGAGGCUGAUGUGUUAGCAAAUGUAACUAUAUGCUCUCAACAAAUGAAUGUAGAUCAACUUGGGUUUCCUAUGGAUGAAAUCGGUGAUGCUGGUAAUGUGAAACUAUCUUCUUUGGCUAAUGUGGCUGAGACAAAGACAGAAGCCCCCAAAAGAGUGACUUCUCUUCUUGAUACAUUCACUGUAGAAAUGCUUAGAGUUCACAUAAGCAGUCUUGAGCAACAUGUAGACCAGGAUAAAGCAAAGAAAGACAAAUCCCAGGAUAUGGAACACCUGGUAGAUCAGAACUUAUGCAGUUUGUGCAGGAUGGAGAAACUUACUUUUGAGGCUCCACCUCGUUAUUGUUCAUCGUGUUACAAGUUAAUCAACCCUAGGGGAGUCUAUUAUACUAUCAGAAGUUUGAAGUACACGGAUUAUGAGUGCGGUGCAAAGAUCUCUUUCUGUAGCAAGUGCUAUGGUUCCUCUGGUGAGAGUAUCAAGGUUGCUCGUCAAGAAAUACGAAAGGUGAAUUUGGAAAGGAGGUUGAACUAUGCUGAGAGUGAUGCUGAAAAUGAAUGGUGGGUCCAAUGUGAUAAGUGCAAAGCAUGGCAGCAUCAAAUAUGUGCUCUUUUUAGUGGAAAAAGGAAGGAUGCAUUGCAAUCCGAAUACACUUGCCCAGAGUGUUGCUUGCGCGAACUGGAAUGUGAGAUGCAUAAACCAGUACCGCGAAAUGCAGUUCUUCGGGCAACUGAUUUGCCAAAAACUAUGAUGAGUGAUCAUAUAGAAAAUUGGUUAUUUGAGCACCUUCAACAAGAGAGAGAAGAAAGGGCAAGGAAAUUACAAAUAACUGUUGAUGAGGUGCCUGGGGCCAAUGAUCUUGUCAUUAGAGUGGUCUCAUCAGUUGACAAGAAAGUGGAAGUAAAUCCAGGUUUUCAAGAGGUUUUUAAGGAGGAAAUGUAUCCUGCAUAUUUUCCUUACAAAUCAAAGGUUAUUCUGUUAUUUCAGACAAUUGAAGGUGCAGAUGUUUGCCUUUUUGGCAUGUAUGUUCAAGAAUAUGGUUCAGAGUGUUCUUUGCCAAAUCAAAGGCGCGUUUGUAUUUCAUAUAUAGAUUCUGUCAAAUACUUCAGGCCUGAAAUAAAGGCUGUUACAGGAGAGGCUUUGCGGACCUUUGUUUAUCAUGAGAUCCUGAUAGGGUACCUUGACUACUGCAAGAAAAGAGGUUUCACCAGCUGCUAUAUAUGGGCUUGCCCAUCUCUAAGGCAAGACUAUUAUAUUCUAUACUGCCAUCCUAAGACACAGAAGACACCAAAGUCUGAGAAGCUUCGAGAAUGGUACCAAGUUAUGAUACGCAAGGCCAUAAAGGAAAAAGUAAUUCAGGAGCAAACCAAUUUAUAUGAUCAUUUCUUUGUUCCCACUAGUGAAAGCAAAGUUAAGGUUACUGCAGCUCAGUUGCCAUACUUUGAUAGUGAUUUCUGGCCUGGAAAAGCAGAUUUUCUUCUGGAGGACAAGAACAAAUCUCAGGCCAAAGGCACAAAGGCAGUGAUCGAGAGAGCGCUAAGGGCUGCCAAACGGGAUGCAUCAACUGGAAAUCCAAAGGAUAUUCUACUUAUGCACCAACUUGGAGAAGUUAUCCGCCCAAUGAAGGAAGACUUUAUCAUUGUCCACUUGCAGCACACCUGCAAAUAUUGCUAUCAGCCUAUUAUGUCUGAAAAACUUUGGGUCUGCAGUGUCUGCAAAAAUUUUCAACUGUGUAUGCAGUGCCAUGAUAAGAUGCAGGAUCUUGAUAAGAAGGAUAGACACCCUAUUACUGCUAAGGAAAAACAUUCCUUCCAAUUAGUGGAGAUCGAUGUUCUUGCAGAUACUCAUGACGAAGAUGGAACUAUAGAAAGCAAAUUGUUUGAUGUGCGAACUGGUUUUUUAAAUUUUUGUCAAAAUGAACAAUAUCAGUUUGACACCCUCCGUAGAGCAAAGCAUUCAACUCUGAUGAUCCUUUAUCAUCUUCAUAAUCCAAUGGAAUAUGUGUUUACAUCCUCAUGCGCCAUGUGUCAUGGUAGCAUUGAUGGUGGACAAAAUUGGCACUGUAUGAACUGUCAGGGUUACCGCCUUUGUGAUUCUUGCUAUUUGAAAGGGACUUCUCACCAUCAGUUGGUUAGUCACACCAUGUUGCCUGGGAUCAAUCUGCAGCCAAAGCAACAAAGAAGUGGAAGAUUAAACGUUCAUAUUGUCCUUGAUGCAUUGCUUCAUGCUGCAAAGUGCUAUGCUCCUCGAUGCACAUAUCCAUAUUGUUUGAAAGUCAAAAAGCUCUUCCUCCAUAGCAGGAGAUGCAAGGUGCGUGUUCCUGGUGGUUGUAUAUCAUGCAAGAAGAUUUGGCUGCUACUUCAGCAUCAUGCUUGUAUUUGCCAAGACUUAGAUUGCCAUAUGCCUCGAUGCAGGGAUCUAAAGGUCUAUAAAAUGAAGGUGAAAAAUGUAACAAAAGAAAGAAACAGACUACAUGCUAGGGUUUCUGCAUCUGCUACUUGGAACUGACGUGCAGUUUCUGAGUUUUAGGAAGGGUAUCUUUCGAGUUGAUAAGAAGAUUUAUUUAUUUGAAGUUAGUGGACUAGCAGUGGAGUUCUUGUGCAGAAUGAUGAUGGCGGCACCACUACUGUCGUCUAUGGAUUGUCACUGCGGCCUGACUAAGCACUGCUUGACCUGCUACUGAUAAUUUGUUAGAAUAGUCAUCCUUGGAGGUUGCUAAGAUGAUUCAAUUACCAAAGCUGAUAAACCCGCAGCUGCUGUGGAUCGACCUUGGUUUUUUUAAAACUUGCAAAUCUGAAGGUAUACGCAGAAGAUGAAGAACAUGGUGGUGUUUUUGAAUCCACUAUUGACCAGAUGAGCAGUUUGCAAAUUUUGCUGGAAAAUGACAUUAUCAGAGAGACAUUAGGAGUUAGAUUUAAUUAUCCAAGUAUGUAAACUAGCAAUUUUAGUCUGAUUCAUGCCUGGAUUGGAAGUGAAAAGGACCCUAAUUCCCUAACGGCUUGUAAAUAUGGAGCCCUGGAGAACCGGCAUACUUUGCCUCCGACAGUAAUUCAGCAUUCUAGCUGCACGUCAAGGAAAAAUAGCCUAGCAACUAAGGAGCAAGGAAAUGAAAACCAAACUUGAGGGUGCAAUGACUAAAGGAUCAGUUGUCCAAGCUUCUUGGAUAACAUGUGCAUUAGUUUGAAUUAUGUAUUUGCAUUUGAUUCUUUUUAUAUGAUCAAUAAUUUUGUGACCGGGCAAAAUUUUCAUAAAUUGAUAGAUUUCUUUAAACGUUCUUCUGUGUUUGAUGGUAAA